AUGCUUGAGAGCCUGGAUUUUGAUGGGGAGAACAUGUAUAUGGGGAUGAAUGAGGCUAACCAGGAGUUCCUAUCGGCCAAUCAGACUUAUAAUGGUCAAAGUGAGACUAAUGAAGACUAUGAAAUCCCUCCUAUAACUCCUCCCAAUCUCCCAGACCCCUCCCUUCUUCACUUGGUGGACCACGAGACCGGCUAUCAUUCACUCUGCCACAGCCUCCCUCCAAACAGCCUGAUACCAGCAUAUUCCUAUCAAAACAUGGACCUGCCCGCCAUCAUGGUGUCUAAUAUGCUGACUCAAGAUGGGCACCUCCUCUCAAGUCAACUACCCACAAUCCAGGAGAUGGUCCAUGCAGAAGCAUCAUCCUACGACUCCAGCAGACAGGUGUCCCUGCUCAAUCGCCCCACGAUGCUGGCCAGUCACAUGAGCGCCCUCAGCCAGUCCCAGCUGAUUUCACAGAUGGGCAUCAGGAGUGGGGUGAGCCACGGCUCCCCAUCACCCCCAGGAAGUAAAUCGGCCACUCCGUCCCCCUCCAGCUCCACUCAGGAAGAGGAGACAGAAGCUCAUUACAAGAUUGUAGUCCGGGAGAGUUUCCUGCAGCCUCCUGCGGAGGUCCCAAAGCUGGCAGGUGUCCGAGGAGGUGGCCGGCCCCUAGGCCGACCCUCCACCUACCACGUGGCAUUGCCUUUCUCAGCUGCCUAUAAGAGAAAAACCGAAGCUGCAAAGAAAGAAUAUUUAAAGGCACUGGCAGCCUAUCGGGCCAGCCUCGUUUCCAAGAGCUCUGCUGAACAGAAUGAGGCCAAGCCCACCCAGCCUAAUCCAUCUUCUAAAAUGAUUCCCCCCAAGCAGCCUGCCAUGUAUACCAUACCGCCCCAGGCUUCAUCGCCCUACCCGGGCCUUGGUUCGUUCCUGUCCCCAUCUGACCUCCAGGGCUACCGUGGCCACCCUCACCCCAGCCUCUCCAGGACCCUCAACUCCAAAUCCAUGCUGCCCAGCAUCAGUGCCUCGCCGCCACCGCCGCCACCGCCGCCAUCUUUCCAGAUCAGUCCUCCUCUCCACCAGCAGCUGGCCCUGCAUCACCCCCAGAGCGCCAUCCUCAACCAGUCCCUCAGCAUGCAGCCAGUCCCCCAGCAGUCCAUCUUGUCUCCUCCGCCCAUGGCACUACAGGUCCAGCCCCCGAUGAGUACCUCGCCCCCAGGGCAGCAGGAUUUCUCACACAUCUCACCUGAGUUCCAAAGCAGCGUUGGCUCCCGCUCCCCUGGCACAUCUAACACCCCAGGAAAUAGUGACUGGGACGGCGAUUACCCCAGCCGAGAGUGCGGCAUUAACCACUGCAGCAUGCUCCCAAGAGAUAAGUCACUCUACCUCACCUAAACCGGCCAUUUCUCCCCUCCGAGGCUCAGAAGAAGGACACGGGCAUGUGGGCCUGGACACUGGGAGGAAGCACCGAGCAAGUCCCGACGGCCUGGAGGGCUGUUCCAAGACACCUGUACAUUGCCCAGCUGGGGAGCAGUUCCUCCUUUCCAACUCCAAAGGCAGAGAGCUCGCUAGGUCCCCACCCCCACCCCCAGAACAAACCAGACCCCCUUUUCUGUUCAUCCGCUUAGCUUAGCUCCAAGCUCUUUCCCUAGUGACCUGCUCUUAGACACAGCCCCGAGUUUCUGCACCGGGCUCCCCCGCUGGGCCAGCCCCAGAGCAGACUGCGCCUUCUGACUUGCUAGCAGCACUCGAUCCGUGCAAGGAAAUGUGAAGUAUGUGUGAAUAGUGUACAUGCAAAGGCCUUGGAUAUCCAGCAAAGUAAAUCCCGAAAUCCACAGACACCCCACUGGCAUGCCUCGCAGGGAGGGGGGCGGGUGGCCGGCCAGAGGGCUGGUAGAAAUGCAAACCCAGUUUUACAAACACGCCCACUGUCCUGGGCGUGAGUGUGUUGGCUCCAUGUCAGUAGAUUACUAAGUGUGUUAGACCUGUGCUGAAGACAUCUUUAAGAUUUUUUUGUGGAAGAAAAAUAGUAGUUUACUUUCUAGUAAAAAGCAUUUUAUAUUAACUGUAGCACAUUUUUUUAGUUAUACAUAGACAGAAGAUGUGUAUAAAAAGCCUGCCAAACCUGUUUCUAUGAUUUCUACAGCAAGAAAUGGACAGUUUCUAGCCAUGUUGCCUGGCAUUGUUAUUUUUUUUUUCAGCCAUAUGUCCAUCUAUUUAAAAUUGCUGAUGAUGAUUUUGUCUAUUUAUGGAAAAGGAAAAAUAAGAAGGGGGAAAAAAAAACAACACCAGAAUUACAGUUUAUCAGAAGGGGCGUUUAUUUCCAUUUGGUUUUGCUCUGACUUUCUUUGUUAAAGGGUUCCCUUGACCCUGACACAUUUGUUUUGGUUCACAAUGCUUAGCUCAAACUUUC